AUGAGCGAGGCGGAAGAAAUCCUAAACCGGAUAAAGAAUCACAAGGGGGUCGUAGGCAUCCUGGUAGUGAACAGUGAGGGGCUAAUUAUAAAAAGUACCUUCGAUCAGCAACAGUCCGAUCUGCACGCGUCCCUGCUGACGCAGCUUUCGAAUAAGGCUCGGGAUGUCAUUCGGGAGUUGGAUCCACAGAACGAUAUAAACUUCCUGCGCCUGCGGUCGAAGAAGCACGAAAUAAUGAUCGCCCCGGAUAAGGACUUCACGUUGGUGGUUGUUCAGGAUCCGUACGCCGACCGGGAGAAGUAG